UAUUCCCUGUGUAUUUUCAACUCCAUUUCUUCUAUUCCUUCCUUUGUUUGGAUUAAUAACAAUUGAUUAUAUAUAUAAUUACAAAGUCCACUCUGUAACAUGUUAUGAAGGACAUCCAGCUGUAAGAACCCUGCCAAAACAGAGUGACACUGGUUGCAGUUUUCUGCCUAAUGAAAAACAAAUAUACACAUAUACAUCAUCAUUUAACGUCCGUUUUUCAUGCUGGUUUGGGUUGGGCAGUUUCAACCCAUACUAGCAUGGAAAACGGGCGUUAAAUGAUGAUGUGUGUGUUUCAUUCAGAAUGAGCUGGAGCAAGAUCAGAUUAUUCAAUGUCCAUAUUGUGCCACUUGUGCAUGUAUGAGCUGGACUGGUUUAGUUACUGAUGUCUGGGAAAAUGGCAAUCACAGAUAGGUAACAUACUAGAUUUGUGGUUUCAAUUCUCUAGCGUACAGACAAGAUUUGAUGUUGAGACUAGAGUCACGAUAUUUUGGCCUGCUAGAAAUAGUAACUAAAUCUUCUAGAUAUACCUGAAGUAAAAAAAUGUGAUGGUCAUGGCUGUAACAUUUCUGAGGAUAAGUCUGCUCUGUCAGAAUUAAAAUUGGGGCUAAACAACAACUUGGAUAGACAAUGAGAGCAUCUAUGCAACUUCAUUUUCGGCAGUAAAAUAGUUAACUAUUUCAGUGUAUUACUUCACACCCGGAAUAACAACAUUCAAUUGUUUUUAAUUUUUUAACACGUUUAUCUUCUAAGCAAUAACAUUUUUUACCAAAACGAUGACAGCACAACAUGCCGAGGAAAUACUAACUAAUUUAAAACAGCAGUUAGAAGUGAAACAUACAGCAAUGAAAAAUAUGAACAAAGAAGAAAAACGAAUUUGUCGGGAAAAUGAACGAUUAAAAAGAGAGGUGGAUGAGUACAAAAAGAAGUUACUGCUCGCUGAAAUCGGUAAUGGGAUAAAGCAGAUACCUCUUCUGAACAAAAGAAAUUUAGAUCAAAAAUCUUCAGACCAGAGAGUUUCACCAACGAAAGAAAUCGAAGUUAAAAAUGUGAAAGCUGCUCCUAAGCCUGUUGUUCCUAUUAACACCAACAACAAGAUCUCCGAUGUGGACUUAUCAAAGUUAAAUAUUCGGGUAGGAUUUGUCAAAUCUGCUAAAAAGCACCCUGAUGCUGACACAAUCAUCAUCGCAACUGAUAUGGGAGAGGAGAAACCACGAAACAUGUUAUCCAGUUUGGUCGGUUCCCUUGCAUUGUUCGAAAUUGAGGGUCGCAUGGGUGUUUUCCUAUGUAACCUGAAACCUGCUAAGCUGCGUGGUAUCUUAUCUGAAGGAAUGAUUCUUGAAGCCAACGGGAGAGACAAAGUGGAACUGUUGAAACCACCGCAAGGUAGUGUUCCGGGAGACUGUGUCAUGUGUGCUAAGUAACCUGGUGAACUGGAAUGCCUCAUCAAUUAAAAAAACAAAAUUUGGGACUUCGUCAAACCUCAUAUGAAACCUAACAACAACUGCGUUACUACGUAUAAAGGUGAACCACUUAUAAUCGUAGACAAAGGACAAGUAACGGUACCAUCACUUGCAAACAAACAGCUAUGUUGAAUAUAAACAUGACGAACUUGAACAGAAGUUUGAGAAAACUGAUGGAGGUUAUUAAGAUUUUGGUCUCCUCCACCCUCAUACUAAACAUUGGAGAUUACAAUUAAGCAAAAUAAAUUUUUUCACAAAUUUAGCUUUGAAGCAAGGUUCAUUU